AUGACGCAAAUUCGCUCCAAUGACAACUCGUUUCGAUCGAUGAUGAAUCGAUUUUCGAUGUAUUGGAUUCAGGCGACGAUUUUUGCGCUGUUCAUUGCGUUGGCUGUUUCGUAUGGUGACCCGAGAAUUUUGAUUGGGGUGAGAUUUUGAAAAAUUGCUGAAAUCCUAGCUGAAAAUGCAUUUUUUCGCGAAAAUUCAUGAAAAUUGGAUUUUUGCCUCAAAAAAAGCAGCUAAAAAUUAUAUUUUUGCUGAAAAAAACGCGAAAAUUCAUGAAAAAUAGCUAUUGCUCAUGUUAGUCUUUCCAAUUUCCCCUGAAUUACCCUAAAUUUAGUAAAAACGUGUGAAAACCUGAUUGCUCAUGUUAGUUUUUUCUCUGAAAAAUGGCAUUUUUCUUGAAAAAUGCCCAAAAUUUCAUGAUUGCUCAUAUUAAACCCAUUUCCCCCAAAAAUCUCUGGAAAAAUGUAUUGCUCAUGUUAAUUUCCCACUGGAAAACCCAGUUUUCCCUCAAAUCAUCCAAAUCCUAUGAUUGCUCAUGUUAAUUUCAUCCAAAACACUGAAAACUGCGUGUUUUCCCUCCAAAAACUUCAAAGGCGCACACAUUUUUCACCCGGUUGGGUCUCGCCACGCCGUGUGUUUCACGCGAAAUUCAAAAUUUUGUUUUUGGGAUUUUUUCGCGGGUUUUUUUUGAGAAAAGGUAGAUUAAUUUCGAAAAAAUCACAUUUUUUUUCCAGUCAGUCGUUCAAAUCGCCAUCACUUCAAUGUUCAUGUUGGAUAUUUUGCCAGCAAUUGUGAUUCAUUCGAUUUUCCAAUGGAUUCUGCUGAUUUAUACCAGUCUUCUGCACACUGUCAGGAUUUUUAAUUGUGAGUUUUUUGGGUUGAAAAUUUGAAGAUUGUGGGAUUUUUUGGGGAAAAAAUGAGCUAAAAUGAGCUAUUUUAGCUGAAAUUUUGGAAAAUUUGAAUUUUCUAUCAUUUUCAAUUUCAAAAGUGCUCCUAAAUUUUCUAUUUUUUAAAUAUUAAACGUGACCUAUGACGUGGCAAAUCAUUUUUAGAAUGUAAAUUUAGAAUUUUAGCUUCAAAACAAGCUAGAAUUGCAGAAAAUUAAAGAUUUCUGUCCAAAAAAUCAAUAUUUUGGCCGAAAAAAGGUUAAAAAAUUCCCCAAAAUCCCCAAUUUUCCAGUAGCCGAUACGAAAAAUCUGGAAAUCCUCGAAAUCCAACAAAACAAUUGGGCCACAAUCGCCCUGAUUCUCUACCAAAUCUCGGGAAAAAUACGGCACCUUUUUAGCACCGAGGCGACAAAAACUGCCGAGGAGUUUUGGCCGCCCCGGUGCUAA